AUGAAAUAUCGUUUAUACCGUUUACCGGCGAGUAUUCCAUAUUCCAUUGAAUUUCGUGGUCCGCCAGCGUAUUCAAGUCACACACUUCGGAGUGGGAGGACAAACCGAUACGCGAAUUUUGUAAUUUUUUGCAGUUGUAGCGCUCACAUUCACGAAAUGGCAUUCAAGUUCUUCGCUGUUGCACUAUUGAUCGGUGCCGCUCAAGCCGGCAUUAUCUCGGUACAGGAACAACAUGGCAUUCCCUUGGAGCAUCAUCAGCACCAUGAGGCCGCCGCUUUGUAUCAUGCACCCGCACAAGUAGCUCACGUUGCUCAUGCACCAGUUGUACAUGCACCAGUGCAUUUGUUGCACAAGCAACACGUUGCCCAUGAACAGUAUCCCGAUGAUCCUCAUCCUCAGUACAAUUUCGCCUAUGACGUGCAAGAUGCUGUCUCCGGUGAUUCCAAGAGCCAGUCGGAGAGCCGUGACGGUGAUGUCGUCCAUGGUGAAUAUUCCUUGAACGAUGCUGAUGGUUUCCGUCGCACUGUCAAAUAUACUGCCGACUCUGUCAAUGGUUUCAACGCUGUUGUGGAACGUGAGCCGCUCACCCAUAAAGUUGUGGCUGCUGCGCCUGUGCAGUAUCAUCACGCUCCUGCCGCUGUUGCUCCUGUGCAAUAUCAUCACGCUCCCGUUCACGCUGCCCAAGAGUAUGCCGCCGUGCCAGUUCAGCACCAAGUUGCCGCACAUACCAGCUACGAGGCUCCUCAUCAUGAAGAACAACAACAUUACUACCAUCAUUAA